AUGCCGUUAGGGUUGCAUGGAGUGGCAGCAAACUUCCAGCGCCUCAUGGACAAAGUGCUGCAAGGAGAAGAGACGUACGCUAGAGCAUAUAUCGAUGAUGUUGUUGUGUACAGCAAGACCUGGGAGGAACAUCUACAACACCUGGUGGAUGUGUUUGAUAGGUUGACGCCACGGGAAGGUUUAGGAGCAGCCUUGAUGCAGGGGGAGGGUGACGAGAAGAGGCCAAUUUUGUUUAUCAGUAGGAAGCUGUUUGACCGACUUUUAUCUCAGGAUCUCAAGUUUAUUGAGGCCUGUUUACGUUGUUUACGAACAGUCUUCAUUAGUCCAAUCACUCCAGUCCAACUACUGUACACGGAUGCAGCAGUGAUUCCUCACCUCAUGUGUUUAUUAAGCAGAUCACAACGCACACAAGAAUAUAUUUGUCAGAUCUUCUCACAUUGUUGCAAGACCUCAGAGCAUCAAACAAUUCUUUAUAACCAUGGCGCCAUCCAGAACAUUGCACAUCUUUUGAACUCAUCCUCAUAUAAGGUGCAAAUGCAGGCACUGAAAUUCUUCUCAGUCUUGGCCUAUGAAAAUCCUCAGGUCUCAAUAACGCUAGUAAAUGUGUUGGUGGAUGGGGAGCUGUUGUCUCAGGUUUUUGUAAGGAUGAUGCAAAGGGACAAAUCCAUUGAAAUGCAGCUCACAGCAGCCAAAUGUCUAACGUAUAUGUGCAGAGCUGGUGCAAUCAGAACUACCGAUAACUGUAUUGUAUUAAAGACACUUCCGUGCCUAGUCCGAAUGUGCAAUAAGGACCGGUUGCUAGAGGAAAGAGUUGAAGGUGCAGAAACGUUAGCCUAUCUAAUUGAACUUGAUGUAGAACUUCAGAGAACUGCCAGCAUCACUGACCAUCUUAUUGCCAUGCUUGCUGACUACUUUAAAUAUCCCAGCUCAGUCAGUGCCAUCACCGAUAUCAAGCGGCUUGACCAUGACCUUAAACAUGCUCAUGAAUUGAGACAGGCUGCUUUUAAAUUGUAUGCAUCCCUCGGAGCAAAUGAUGAAGACAUCCGAAAGAAGAUAAUUGAAGCGGAGAGUAUGAUGGACAGGAUUGUGAGUGGUUUAUCGGAGUCAAGUGUCAAGGUGCGGUUAGCAGCUGUCAGAUGCUUGCAUAGUCUUUCCAGAUCAGUGCAACAACUCCGAACUAGUUUCCAAGACCAUGCUGUAUGGAAGCCAUUAAUGAAGCUUUUACAGAAUGCACCAGAAGAGGUGUUAGUGAUGGCUUCAUCAACAUUAUGCAACCUGCUGCUUGAAUUCUCCCCCAGCAAAGAGCCAAUAUUAGAGUCCGGUGCAAUUGAACUGCUCUGUAACCUCACCCAGAGUGAAAGCCCUGCACUCAGAGUGAAUGGUAUAUGGGCGCUCAUGAAUAUGGCAUUCCAGGCCGAACAGAAAACUAAAAUGGAUAUACUGCGAGCACUAAGCACAGAGCAACUAUUUAGACUGCUGUCUGACCCUGAUGUAAAUGUAUUAAUGAAGACAUUGGGGCUCCUGAGGAAUCUGUUAUCAACACGGCCGCAUAUCGACCAGAUUAUGACCUCACAUGGGAAACAGAUUGUGCAAGCUGUAACCUUAAUUUUGGAGGGAGAGCAUAAUAUAGAGGUCAAAGAGCAAACACUGUGCAUUUUAGCUAAUAUUGCUGAUGGAACUACAGCCAAGGAUCUGAUCAUGAUGAACGAUGAUAUCCUCCAGAAAGUCAAAUACUAUAUGGGUCAUUCGAAUGUGAAGUUACAAAUUGCUGCUACCUUCUGCAUUUCUAACCUGAUCUGGAAUGAGGAGGAAGGUUCUCAGGAGAGACAGGAUAAGCUUCGUGAGAUGGGAAUAGUGGAUAUUCUGCACAAGUUAACACAAUCCACAGAUGCAAAUCUCUGUGACAGAGCUAAGACAGCAAUGCAGCAGUAUCUGGCAUGACUUUUGCUCCCAAGACCCACUUGUGGCCGGGUGUGAGGAAGAUGGAAUGCUCACUUAACAAUCGCUUGAAGGUCACUGGAUGGUUACCUUCAAUUUGCACAAGUCACCUUGAACUGCAGGUCUCUACCUGCAGUUAAUCUGUUUUUUUUUUUCUUGUUUUUGAACAGACAUCUUUUUGGAAUUUAACAAAAGAGAGAGAGAGACAUUAACCUAACACAGAGGAGAAUUAUUAUUUUUUUUGGCUAGAUUUGUACUUUUCCUCUCUGUGGACUGCAAGCAGCCACAUGUGCACUGGACUCUGCCACAGGAAGAACAAUCACUCUUUGGGAAGGGGAGAAUGGGAGAAGGAAUGUCCUAUUAAACCAGUUUGUAUGGUUAGAGGUUCAUUCUUUCUGUGGGGUGGGUUUUUUUUUUUGUUUGUUUUUUUUUUUUUUUUGCUUUAUGUUUUUUUUUUGGUUUUCUUAUGGACAGUUACCUCAAAGAUUUUAUUCUUUUUGUUUUUAAAAAUAAAAAAAAGACCUUCUGUCCUUUAAAGAAGAAUUUGUUUUCAGUGCUAAUGGAGUGAGAGCAGUGUUGACAGAGACAUAUCCUUCAAGAUGAGUUUGUCUGAUGGGACUCUUAUAAACUGAAAAGUGUCAUUAUUUAAAUAUUUACUGAUACACAAGGGGUGAUUUUUUUUUUAAAUACCCCCUAUCUUUAAAAAAAGAUUUUGAAGCUCCGUGAAUGUUUUGAGUGAAAUAUAUGCAGAUAUGAACAACAGCCAUGUGGAGAUGUGGAGAGUUUUCUUUAUAUGCACAGUGUUAGAAUUGUAUCCUGGUCACAACACUUAAAUGCUGAUCCAUUUAACAUACCACUGAUGAUACAUACAAAAGCUUGCCAUGAUCUGUGUAUGAGUGAUGAAUGUGAUUGAAAUGUAAAGAUUGUGUAAAAGAGGAAAAACAAAAUAUUGAAGUUUUCUUGCAUGUGCACAUAUACACACAUACACAAAAGAACGAGUCUAGAAUUAAUGAUGCACUUGAUAAAGAUGAACAAAUUAAGGUUUGUAUAAUAUGUAGCAUUGAAUGUCAGUGAUAUUUAAUGCUCCAGAAAUGGGAAAGUGCAUGUUUUUACUGUUUAUGUAGUUGCUUUAAACUAAGUAUUUUUAAACAAGCAAUACUACUUUUUACCCAAAAAACCUUUGUGCCUAUAAUAUUGGACUCGAUGGCUGCAGUCUUAUCUGGAAUGGAUAACAGCAUGAUGUCUUUCAGUGUAAUGUUGUAUAAAGCUGGCAAACAUUUUGGAAGGUUUCUUGGAACACUGUAUUUUCUGAAGCAUUAAUAUCCAUAAGUUUUUUUUUCUCUUCUUUUCAAAUCACAGACUUUCAGAAUAGCAAAACCAUAUUUUUAGCAAGACUAUUGUGGUGGAUUUCAUGAUGAUUUUACCAAGGGUCCCAGGGCAAUUUGCAUAAAAACAGUCUAACAAAAUGAGCAAUGUGCCACCAUGUUUCAUGCACUAUAUUUUUGUAAGUAUCAUUCUUGUGAUGUUAAAUGCAGUGAUAUUUAAAGUGUCCAAAGGGCGCAAUUUUGCUGUAGUUUGACUAUAACACUCGUCUCCAGGCAGUGCACUAAAUGUCACUUCAAUUUGUUUCUUUUUGACGGAAAGAACUUUUUUCCAGCAAAAUUUCCAUCAACUUUUUGAGGUAGAUUUGUAGACUAAAAGUUGAUUUGGAGACUCAGUAACCCCAAAAUGCUUCUCUGAUCCAUAUCAGUAGGGACAAAAUGCAAUUGUAUUUUCCUCUGGUUAGUUAAGAUUUCUUUGCAUUUUGUCUUCAUUAUGCAAAGUAUAGUAGCUACAUUCCUAAAUUGGAUAUUAAAGCAAAGGUAUUUCUUCACAAACAUGGUAUACAUGCACUUGUCACUCAAAAUUGUGUUCUGAAGUUAAGCACUUUAUAAAAGUUUUUUAAAAAUAUCUUCCCUGUUCUUGCGCUUUACAUAGAGGGUAUGAGGCAAGGAGGAAAAGCUUAAAAACCUACCAGAUACGUCCAUUUUUCCAGCCAAGACAGUUGUUGAGUAUUGAUCCAUGUCUUGUGUGUUUCCAAUGCAUUUUUGUGGCAGCAAAAGGGAUCUAGAAAUACUCAUUUUAUCACAUAUUCCUGGUACCAUUUUUCUUGUGGUAAGAAAAUGUUUUCUAUACAAUUGUGUGAAUUCUCGAAUAAAUACAGAAGUAAAUAGAUAAAAUAACUAUGUGGCAUGAGACAUUUACUGUAAUUUGAUCUGUCAGGAGGUUUUGCGCAGGAAGACUAAGUGCUGAGCUAUUGCAAACGGCUGGUCUUCUUUUAAAAUGUCUGAAUCUCAUAAUAUUGUAAUUUUUUUUGUUCAAAAAUGACAUAUACAAACUAUUUUGUAAUGUGUGUGUAAUUACAAGAUGUGGAUCAAUAUUCAACAAAAAUUUCUUGCCUUGAUAAAUGGACGUAUUUGAUAAGUUUUUAAGCCUUUCCUCCGUGCCCCAUAGACUACAAUGUAUAGUGAUAGUGCUGACAAGAUAUAUUUUUUUUUAUAUACUGUAUACUGAAAGUGAUUAACUUUCGAAUGCAUAUACGAGGAGGGACCCAAAAAUAACCGGAAUUUUGUUGUUGUUAGGUUAUUUAUUUAUUUCCGGUUAUUUUUGGGUCUCCCCUCGUAUACCAUGUUUGUGAAGAAAUUAAUUCAAUUUGAAAAAUACUGAACUUGUCCUUUAGGCAGACUUCAAAAUGUUUUGCUAUGCUGUAUGAUUUUGGAAGAACAACGAGUGUCCAUUUUUAAUUUUCUAUUUUUUUUAACCUUUUCUGAAUAUUGAUGGACAACAGCAACAUGUCUUCUUGAGUGUUACCUCUUUUUAAUACCCUGGUGAAUCAGUAAGUCUAAAACAGUGUUCUGCAGGACUGAAUUGGGUUUAAAAAGUUUUCCUUACUUUUCUUUAAAAAACAUUAAGUAGACCGCAAAAAAAGGCACAGCUCAUUUAAAAACUUUUUUAACCGUCACCUUCAAUGAAAGCCUCUCUUUCUGCCAUUUGCUUUUUUAGUCCAUCUCUAUCAAUGUGUCAGUGGUUCCUGCUCCUUGUGUGUGUUUAUGUACCAUACACAUACUGGUCUUUAUAUAAAUACAUAUUAAAUACACAGAAACCACAAGUUGAGACAUACAUGUAUUGCUCCUGUUCUUUACAAUUGGUCUCCAAAGUUCCUCAGUUACCUGAUAAACAUUUUUGUGUAUUGUUGAUGUGGUACAGUAUUUAUUAUAUAUAUAUAUAAUAGUUUGACAUGAUCAUGCUUGAUUUAAAAAAAAAAAGAAAGUAAUUUAGCAAAAAAAAAGCUCACAUUUGGGCAAACUCGCUACUGUUGAGAUCAUAGCCUAAUUACCUUUUUUUCUUUUCCAAAAAUUCAAUACUUCUCUUAAAUAAAAACAAUUUCUAUCAGAUGUAGAUGCAUAAAAAUGCAGAGUUACUAAAAUAUUUUUAAAAAGACACCCCAAAGGCUAUUAUUGAGUGGUACCUAUUGAUGGAAAUUAUUUUAUAGAGGAAUAAAAUGUAUUGUAAAAACAAUUACUUUUUAUAUUAUGUAAUAUUCACAAUUUACAGUUGAUAUACACAAAGGCACACAAAUGAUAUGGUAGUAUAGAGUCAGGUGCUAGAUAACCCCAGUGCUGCAUAACAUUAGGCUCAUCUUUCGCUGAACUAUCUCUUGAAUACAGUUUGUACCCAAUAUAACACUAAAUGAAUAGUAGAUCAAAUUUCUUUUGUAAAUUGUACAAUAUCCAUUCUUAUAAUUGUCAUAGCAGAUUCUGCAUUUGUUGUUCUUUGGUCUGCCACUCCCCUGGUAACUAUUAUGCAGACUGAAGUGAGUUUUAAAACCAUGUAGCCAUAGUUGCUUAUUUAAGAUUAUUUUUCUUUCCUCUGAAGCUUAUUUCCUGCCUCUAGAUUCUCUGAAAUUGGAAUUAAGUCUGUGAAACAAUUCACAAUUUUGCUGUCAUAGCAUUUUUCAUGCAUCUUCAUUCCAUACAUUCUUCUUGAUUUGUGAUUAUCCCUCACUUGCCUUGUGAUCUUUACUGUCACAUAUACUGUAUUAUCUAAAAUAUUAUCUAAAUCCUUUUAUGUUGACUUUCUGAUCGCCGCUUGCUUUUGCCUUAUGAUUUGGGCACAUAUUUGCACUGGCUGAAUACAAGUAAGGGGGAAAGAAAUGUGAGGAAAUUGAAGAUGCCUUUCUUUGCAGGAGAUGGAAGCUGCAGGAAAGAUGGGGUGGGAAAAUCAAACCAUGUAAUGUUUAAACUGUGCAAUAAAAAUCAGACUAAUAUGCA